CACCUCCAAUGUCAAAAGAAUGGAACAAAGUCUGUUCAAAAUAUCGAAGCUGAUUUAUCUCGGUCUAUGAUGAAAACGUUAUACAGCAACAAUAUCGAGAACGAGAAGGAAUAUCAUGGGUAAGCGUAGUAGACAACCAUUACUAGACUUUUAUCAUACAACCAACUGGCUAAAACGACAACGCAGAACAAGACUGUGUCAAACAGAAAAAGCGUACGCCAAGUCAGCCAAAAGUUUAUUAGGAGGUCAGAAGGCAAUCUGCUUCUACGGUGAUGCUGGACGUGGAUACGGAUCAAGAAUCGGUGGCCAUACUCGUGGCAGUCAUGAUGUUUUUAUCGGGAAGCUCUCUGAAAAAGCUACAGUGGUGUCUAUUGAUGAAUAUCGUUCUUCAAAAUUGUGUGCCUUCUGUCACAUGCCCAUCAUUCAUCCUGUCAAGACAAACAAGGACAAAUCAAAGAAGAUCACCAAUUUAGGAACGGUUGUUUGCAUCAACCCUGAUUGCAUCAGCCGGAAGAAUGGAUAUGCCGCCAGAGGACGAGACGAAAAUGCUUCUAUCAACAUAGCAAUGAUCGGAUAUGAACAGCUCGCCUUUUGUCAAACAAUUCAACAAUUCGAACGAUCUUCUCUUCAUGCUGGAGGUUUGAAAGGGAAGGUAACACUUGUAUAGUGUUGGGCUUACGCCCUUUAGAUGUACCUGCAAUUUUUUUCUGAUAGUCAACACGAUUAAUCUACAUUCAUUUUUUUUUUUAUCAUUUGUCUUUUUUUAUUUUAUUAUUAUAAGGAAAAGAAUAUGAAGAUAUUGAAAAUAUAGAAUAAUAAAAAACAAUGAGGGAAUGUUGAAAAGAGUUAAAUAUGCAGUCUAUCUAAAAAAAGAAAUAAAUCAAAUGUAUGUAUAAAUCACAAAAAAAAAAAAAAAAAAAA